CAGCUGUGGCGUCCCAGGCUCCCGCCCCGACCCGCCUCGCCUCCCGCCCCAAGGCGGCGCCCCUGCCCUCACCCUGUGCUGUCCGCGAGUCUUGCACCCGCUGUCCCCAGCACCUCUGCCCCUACCCUUUGCCCUGAAGAUGAAGGUUUGGCUGCUGCUUGGUCUUCUGCUCGUGCACGAAGCGCUAGAGGAUGUGACUGGCCAGCACCCUCCCAAGAACAAGCGUCCAAAGGAGCCAGGAGAGAACAGAAUCAAACCCACCAACAAAAAGGUGAAGCCCAAAAUUCCUAGAACAAAAGACAGGGACUCAGCUGAUUCACUGCCAAAGGCACAGUCUAUAAUGACCCAAAUGAUGGAUAAAGGUCGCUUCCAGAAACCUGCUGCUACCCUGAGUCUGACAGCGGGGCAAACUCUGGAGCUUCGAUGUAAAGGGAAUAAAAUUGUGUGGAGCUACCCUGCGUAUCUGGACGCCUUUAAGGACUCCCGCCUCAGUGUGAAGCAGAAUGAGCGCUACGGCCAACUGACCCUGGUCAACUCCACUGCGGCUGACACUGGAGAGUUCAGCUGCUGGGGGCAGCUCUGCAAUGGCUACAUCUGCAGGAAGGACGAGGCCAAAAUGGGCUCCACUUACAUCUUUUUUACAGAGAAAGGAGAACUCUUUGUACCUUCUCCCAGUUACUUUGAUAUUGUCUACUUGAACCCGGACAGACAGGCUGUGGUUCCUUGUCGAGUGACAGUCCUGUCAGCCAAAGUCACACUCCAUAGGGAGUUCCCAGCCAAGGAAAUCCCAGCCAAUGGAACAGACAUUGUUUAUGACAUGAAGAGAGGUUUCGUGUAUCUGCAACCUCAUUCUGACCACCAGGGGGUGGUCUACUGCAAGGCGGAGGCUGGGGGCAAGUCUCAGAUCUCUGUCAAGUACCAACUUCUCUAUGCAGAAGUUCCCAGUGGCCCUCCAUCAACAACCAUUUUGGCAUCCUCCAACAAAGUGAAAAGUGGAGAUGACAUCAGUGUCCUCUGCACUGUCCUAGGGGAGCCUGAUAUUGAGGUAGAAUUCAGAUGGAUCUAUCCAGGGCAGAAGGAUGAAAGGCCUGUGACGAUUCAGGACACUUGGAGGCUGAUCCACAGAGGACUCGGACACACCACAAGAAUCUCCCAGAGCGUCAUGACAGUUGAAGACUUUGAGACCAUUGAUGCAGGAUAUUACAUUUGCACUGCCCAGAAUCUCCGAGGACAGACUACAGUAGCUACCACUGUUGAGUCUUCCUGACUUGGAAAAUGAAGUAUAAUGAACUGAUGGAAAGUCCAUUUGAGUACACGACCAGCUUUGGCGUUCUUUUGACUAGUGCUUUGCCAGAGGCUGAUGGCACGCACCCAACCCCUGCCUUGUGAGUAAGACCCAGACAUUCAAACUAAAAGGAAGUCAUUCGGUCUAAAAGUGGAAGUGUUAACUCCUCUGACAGAAAGCAUGUAUUUUGAUUGCUUACCUAGAUAUAUGCAUUUCUAGUUUUCAUACUAAGAAAGCAUAUAUGUAAACAACUUUAUAUAAUCAUUACUAUUAAAUGAGCAAGAUUUU